AUGAGUGAGAUUACAAUUAAUCAAACAAAUGCAGUUUCAAUGGUUGAAGAAUGCGCCAAAUGCAUGCAGUUAGAAAUGUGGCCACAGUUUAAAAGCCUAUUUAGACAGUUGAAUCAGUAUUAUAUUACAAAUUAUAAAAAUAAGACUGAAGAAGAUAACUUUUCAAGAAUUUGGAUAGCUCUAAAAUCACUUUCUAUCGAUAACAUCUUGAAUAAAGUUCAGGAUUGUGCAGAAUUUGAUGAUUAUAUGAAUUAUCUUAAGCAAAUUUCCGAUUUAAUUGAUGAUCCUGAGCAUUUAUGGGAAAUUUUGCAUACAGAAAUACAUACCAUAUUCAAAGCAACUCCUAAACAAGCAAAAAUCAUCGCAUCUACAUUGUUUACUCCAAUUCAAUUAUUUUAUUAUAGUCUUUCUCCUUUUCUUGAUUCAGAAUUAUGCGAUCUCACAAACAUUACAACAGAAGAUGCUGCAAUUGACAGAUUCUAUGCUCUAGUUGGAUUUGUUCGAUCUUGUGGAAUAACGAACAAAGAUAAAGUCCCCGAGAAAUACUCUCAAUAUAUUGGGAAAUUACUUCAAAUAUAUGUUUCAUUACCAGAAUUCUCUCCACGGAAAUUUGUAUGGCUUGUUGAAAAUAUUAAUUCUCAUUUAUUUUUGAAAAUAGAAGUUUUACAAGAGUUAUGCUCAUCAGCAAUUGAAACAUUUGCUAAAAAGGAUAUGCAAGUUCUUGAAAAAAUUAAGUAUUUAGGAAUUUUCUCAACUUCACCAGUCAUGAACAAAAUGCCAGUUCUUCACAAACACCUCACAGAUACAUUUAGUCAGACAGUUGAUUUCUACAGAUUUUUCAUAGAUAAGUAUAUAGUACCUGGAUAUGCUGAUUUGAAGUGGGACGGUAAAGAAACAGGCCUUCCAUCAGAUCCAGUCAGGUGCUGGGCUAUGUAUAUUAACAAUGUUCUGACUAGUUCCAAGGACUGUCCUGUCAAGAGGAGAUCAAUUGAGGUAGUUAUCGACCUCUCGCUCAAGUUUGCUACCGACUACUACGGCGAGAUCCAGCCAAAUCUGGAGAAGUCCCAUGAUGUACGUAGAGAUAUAUUUUUCAUUGUUAAAAAUUUGUUGAGUUGGAAAUUAAACUUGCUUCCAACUACAUACCACAGCAUUUGGAUGCUACUACUUAUAGCUGCAAUUCUUGGUGCAGAACAGACAAUUAUUGUUAACCAACCGCAACCAACUCCUUCGGAAACAUCAAUACUUCUUGGAUUGGAAAUAGAUGAUAAGUACUGCGAUUUCAUAGAUUAUAAGCAGGCGUUUUCUGUGCUACUUGGAAAAUUUGAGGCAGAAAAAGAUUCAAUUCCGGGAAUGAUUCAAUAUUUACGAGAAAACUUUAAAUAA